AUGGAUAAGUUAUCUGAGGAAUUUAUCGAGUUUCAACUGCUCCAUGAUGAAAAUAUACCCAAACAAAUUUGGGAUCAAGCCACAGUUAAAGUGGACGCUGAAAAUGACAAGUUUUACCACCGGAUGGACAUCAUUUGGCAUUACCUUUCAUCACUGAAGGCCCCAGAUCAUACUGCUUGCUUUUCAAGACUUUCCAGGAUAGCUAUGCUAGCACUUUUAAUCCCGCAUUCUAACGCCCAAGAAGAGCGUAUUUUCUCCAUGGUUCGUAAAAACAAAACUGCGUUCCGGCCUAAUCUUGAUCCCAGGGGAACAUUAUCAAGCAUCCUGACUAUCAAACUUGCUAAUGACGUGCCAGCCCAUCAAUUUGAGCCAACGAAAGAGCUUCUGAAGACAGCAAAAUCCGCAACAUGGAAUUACAACAAAGAACACUCUAACAAAUAG